UAACGCUACACUUGUUUUAUCAUGGAGGGAGAUCUUGAAGCUCUGUUCGACUUGUAUCCCACCGAUGCCAUGAAGCACAUUUUUGAAAAUGCAUGGACGGAAGAGGGUCUUCUACUUGAAGAAAACAAUAUUUCCUCCGACACAGAUCGCGAUAUCCAAGAUCUUUUCGACGGUGAAACAAGGAACGAAGUAAAUUAUUUAUCUUCUGAAUCUGAGACCGAAAGCUUGGAUUCUUCAGAUAUCACAAAAAUAAGCGACGAACAAAUUCAGAAUCUCCGCGUGCAAGAUCUCAACAAGCUUCUUCGGGACCUCCCGCGGGACGAGGCAGCAAAAAUAAAGAAGCGAAGACGUAACUUGAAAAAUCGAAACUAUGCUUUGAAUUGUCGCAUUCGCAAACAGCAAAGAUACGAAGAUCUGCUUAACGAGAACACCUCGUUGAAAAAGCAACUGGAGAAUGAGAGAAGGCAGCUGAGAAACGUCUGGAAAGAGAAAGAGGCGUACAAGAAAAAAUGUCAGCAUUUGCAGAGGGAGGCCUUUUGAGCUAUUGGCAUGAUACUAAAGGAUGACAGUGUAUGUGUCCAUAAGUGAUAGGCUAUUCUAUUACAUCGUUAUGACUUAAAAUAUUCAGCGUACAAAUAUUAUCAUGAUACAUUGAUAGACUGUAAUCUAGCAAGCACUUUUAUUGAGCAUAUGUAUUCGGCUGUGUUUCAAAUAAUUCCAGCGAGUACCACCCUUGAAGUCAAGUUUAGUACAAUCCGAAAUAGGCUUAACUCUAAAUAUUUCCAAAAAUAGCUCAAAUGAAGCAAGGCUGUCAAUAAGGUGUAGUGAUGUCUGAAAAGU